CACAAAAUCACGAACGGCCUUCACAGUUCACACUCCCCUGAAAAAAAAGCCUUCACACACACAGGCCGAACAAGAACCCUAAUCCCCAAAUCCUCCAGCCCACUCUCAAAUCUGGAGACCUGAUCCCUAAAUCGGUCCAUGGAUUGGCUAUGCGGCAGCAUGGCUUGAGAUCCUGUCGAUCCCGGAUUUGGCGGGCAGCGGCGGCGAACCGGGGCGAAACGGCGGCGGCCCGGAAGCUCGCCGGCAGGACAGGACAACAGGAGGUUGAGCAGCGGCGUCUGAAUUACUAGCCGUCAGCCGCAGAACCGCCAUUGAUAGCCACUUCCAUCGUUGCCGCUCCUUGCUUCAGUAGACUGAAUGGCUUGCACACAGAUGAACUGCUCCAAGAACGGGACAACCUCCGCUGCUGACCUGACAGAUGACCUUAUCAUCGAGAUUCUGUCCCUGCUGCCCGUCAAGUCAGUGUGCCGAUUCAAGUGUGUCUCCCGGCUCUGGUACCUCCUCAUCUCCCAGCACCGCAAAAAGCUGCCCCAGACCAUCUCCGGCUUCUUCUACCCCAAGCACAGAUACAACAAUGAGGAUGGUUUGAUAGGAUUUCCCACUUUUGAUGGUAUUUCGAGGGACCAAGAGCAGCUAUUCCCUGAUUCCUCGUUGCCCUUCUUGACGGGAUACAGGCAGAUUUUGCCAAAGGACUGCUGCAAUGGCCUUAUUUUCUGCCUCUGCUGGAAGGACUCCCCAAUAGACGAAGCUGAUUAUGUGGUAUGUAAUCCUGCCACUGAGGAAUGGGUAGUCCUGCCUGAUGCUGGCCAUAAAAGCGAUGCAUUGGCGUACCGUUUGGGUUUCGAUGGAGCCAUGUCACCCCACUUCCAUGUGUUCCAGAUCCUAGAGGGUGAUGAGGACUAUGGAUAUAUCUCAGGUGUUAAUAUCUACUCAUCAGAGACAGGAGCCUGGAGUUACAAGGAAAAUGGUUGGGGCGACAAUGAGAUUCAGAUAGUUGAGAUGAGAGGUGUCUUUUUCAAUGGAAUGAUGCACUUGCUCACAUGUGAGUUUAAGAUACUAGCAGUUGACACGGAAGGCAAGACAUGGAGGACCAUUUCUUUGCUUGAAACCAUGUGUGUUGGAAACAUUUGUUUAGGUCCUCUAGCUUUUAUUGGUCAAUCUCAAGGGCGAUUGUAUUUUAUAAAUAUGAGAGACAAUGAUAGCUCCAAAUUAUCAGUCUGGAUUCUUGAGGACUAUAAUGGUAAUGAAUGGAUCUUUAAGUACAACAUCAGCACUUCACAACUUUUUGGGGAGCUUUUUGGGGAGAAGGAUCACAUGUUACAACGGGACUAUGCUGAUCUCUUGUUCCAAAGGGACUAUGCUUUGAUCGCAAUCCAUCCUGAGUGCAAUUUGAUAUUCUUUGUUUGGAGGUGCGAGGAUGUGCUACUGUCCUAUGACAUGGACCGUGGUAAAGUUUGUGUUAUCUGCAGUCUAAAAUAUCACUCGUACGACACAUUUCCUCCAUAUCUUCCCUAUGUUCCAUGUUUUUCACGCAUUGGCAGACCAAGAGUGGAAGCAUGACUCCAGGGUGGAGGCUGACAGUUGUUACCGACGAUUAUAUGGAGUCUUUUACAACUGUUGGACCUUCAGUUAUCGCAGCUAAACCAUAGAGCUACAGCUUUGGUAUAGCUCUCUAAUGACUUUUCUUUUUCCGUCUGCAGUUUUUGCUUUUGCUUUGGUUUGGUCCUGAUAUAUCUAUAAGAUGCUUUCAGUCAUUAAGACCCUGUAAUUUGACUUCACUGAGAUUAUAUACUAAGUCUGCUUGUCUUGGACUAA